AUGAAGCCUAACACUGAUUCCUUGUUUGGGGAUCCUGUUGAAUCCAUCAAUGACGACGGCGACAAAGAUGGCCCCUUGGGCUCUGCCGAUAUCCCUCCUCACCACGAUAACCCGGCAUACGGUCUCCAGUGGAUCAGAGAUGAUAGUUCCUUUUCCGCAAGACCUGAAUGGACUCUCGAACCGACAGUUGACGCUAUUAUCCUAACCCUCCAGAAAAUCGUCGGCCCAGACAAAGAGUACAUGGUUCAGCAUUACUGGAAUGGAGUGUACAGUAAAAUAUACCGCGUCUCAUACGACGAGAUACGUCUCGUCUUGAAGAUAUCUCUACCGGUAUGCCCUAAAUCUAUGACGGAAAGCGAAGUUGCGACACUGCAAUGGAUCAAGGAAAACACCCAUCUGCCCGUUCCUAAAGUUCGCCACUACGAUUCCUCACGGGACAAUCCUAUAGGUUUCGAGUGGAUUUUGAUGGAUUACAUAGACGGGAUUCCUCUUUCCCAAUGCUGGGAAUCUAUCACGCAAGGUAGCAAGGAACGCAUCGUCAAGCAAAUUGCCGAAUAUGCGGCUAUUUCUUUCACGAGGCAAUUCAGAGGGAUUGGCAAUAUAUAUCCAUCGGAAUCGCACCAGUCUAACAUACAACCUCGCGUGGGCGAAAUGGCCUCAAUGGCGAUGCCUUUCCGUACCGCAUUCAAGUGGACGAAAUGCCGCCUCCGUCUUAUUUCUGCGGAGCUUCGAUUAAGACUAGAUGAGGUAAUCGAUGAAGACCACCGCAAGACCAUAUCUAGUAUGCUCAAUCUCGUUGACCGUCUCCGAGAACUGGAGGACAAGUUCUUUAUAGCUCCUAGACCUCCCAAUGAUAGCGAGCAACAAGUCUACGAGGACGAGUCAACUGACGAGGAGGACAUAGAAGUUAUCGACAACGGCAACAAGCCAUGUGAACCAACGAUGCUUUGGCAUGAUGACAUUUCUCUUGACAACAUUCUUGUCGACGAGAACGGUAUACUCGUGGGUAUUAUCGGUUGGUCAUGCGUUUCAUGCCUUCCUCUAUAUGAAGCCUGUCAAUUGCCAGCCUUUCUGCAUCAGACGUGGGAUAGACCCCUUGAGCCGUUGACUCCUUAUAGUAUUACCCGAGCGCACUUGGAUCUCAACAAGGAAGUUUGGACGUACGGCAUAAAGCUAAGACAACAUCAUAUAACCCUGCUUCGCCAGGUUUUUAUAGAUGAGAUGAUGCAGAGAUGCCAAGAAUGGGUUGAUGUCUUUUACAAUCAGAAACACCGGAGGGAUUACGAAGCCGCGGUGCAGAACUGUGAUAAUGAGUUCGCGUAUAAGAUUGUGGAGGAAUGGGUAGGUGCUGCAGAGGGACGAUCCGAUUCUGAUAAGCCGCUUUGGUCGCUCCACGUACGUCUUAUGGGAUGAUAUGGUUUAGUUCAGGAUAUAGUACCUAGGUUCAUGAUGCUGAGCCCUGAUCAAGGCGUUACUGCAGCAUUAUUUAGAAGGUCGAAACUCACAAAGUGGACAAUUCAAAUGACGUUGACAAUGCGAAUACCUUUGUUUACUGAAAUAAUUCUUUUCUUUCUAAUUGUAAUAAAUCUAUA